AAAAAAACAAUUUCUCAAUUUUCUCUUCCUCCCUUGCUCCUCCUCGCCUCGCCCCGCCCCAGUUCUCUCCUCUCCCGCAUCCGCCGUCUCAUCCAUCCCAAAUCAAAUCAAACCCGCCUCUCGCUCGGAUCCUCCGCCGAAUCCGGCCACCCCGCUCGUCGCCUCCAAAACCCUACCCCCUCGCGCCACCGGCUGGGGGCAUGCGGCGGUGACCGCGCGUGCGGGGCCUCGUCUCUCUGCGCACGCGCGCGCGGGCGGGCGGGUGGGCAUUGCGAUCGCUAGGGGGGCAGCGGAGCCAUGGCGUCCGCGGGGUCGGGCGCCGGCGGCGCGGGGGCGGGCGGGCUCAAGACCUACUUCAAGACCCCCGAGGGGCGGCACAAGCUGCAGUACGAGAAGACGCACUCCCCCGCCGUCGUGCACUACAACCACAGCGGCAAGACCGUCUCCCAGAUGACGGUGGCAUAUUUGAAGGAGAAGCCGGCUGGCCAGGGGUCCACGCCUUCAACUCCAAGUGCCGGCAGUGGGAUGCGUUCUGCUGCUGCAAGGCUGCUUGGUACGGGGAACGGGAGCCGGGCACUUAGCUUUGGGAGCAAUGGUACCAGCAGGACUGUCUCAGGAAGCAGCCGCAUCGGUGGUGGCAUUGGCGCGUCGACGUGCGCAAGUGGAUCACAAGGCAUGGUGAAUUAUGAUGGCAAGGGAACAUACAUCAUAUUCAACACUGCCGAUACGCUCUUCAUCAGUGAUCUCAACUCACAUGACAAAGAUCCAAUAAAGUCCAUUCACUUCAGCAGCUCGAACCCACUUUGCCAUGCAUUUGAUCCUGAAUCCAAGGAUGGGCACGAUCUACUUGUUGGGGUGUUCCCAGGAGAUGUCUAUUCAAUGUCAUUGAGGCAGCAGUUGCAAGACCCUGGAAAAAAGCCUGUUUCAUAUCAACAUUUUAUUAAUAAAGACAAAGACAAAGACCCAAGUCAAGGUGGCGCUGCCAGCAGCCGGUGCACUUGUGUUGCGUGGGUUCCAGAGCGUGAAGGAAUUUUUAUUGUUGGCCAUGCUGAUGGGAAUUUGUAUGUUUAUGACAAAUAUAAGGAUGGGAAUACUGAUUGGGCAUUUCCAACUAUAAAGGAUCAAAGUCAGCUGCUGAUUUCACAUGCAAAGUCGAGUAAGGGCAAUCCAAUUGCAAGAUGGCAUAUCUGUCAAGGUGCAAUCAAUGCCAUUUCCUUUUCACCAGAUGGUGCUUACUUGGCAACUGUUGGGCGAGAUGGUUACUUGAGAAUAUUUGACUUUGCGAAAGAACAACUAAUAUUUGGUGGGAAAAGUUACUAUGGUGCACUGUUGUGUUGCUCUUGGAGCCGCUACACACAAGGCAGCUGCGCCAAGUUGACAUCCAGCCACUCAUCGACAAGGUUGGGGCAAGAUUGGCAACGUGGAAAGGGAAGCUCCUCAAUAGAGCCGGUCGGCUGCACUUGAUCAACACAGUUCUCACCUUGCUACCAACGUAUCAUCUAACAGUUUUCAGGCUACAGAAAUGGGCAAUUAAGAAAAUUGAUAAACUGAGGAGGGGAUCCCUUUGGAGAGGCUCUGAAGAGGCAAAGGUUGGUCACUGUCUAGUUCAGUGGGCCAAAUGCAUGUGACCAAAAAAGUUUGGAGGCCUGGGAAUUCUUGAUUUGGACUUGUUCAGUAGAGCGUUACGACUCCGUUGGCUUUGGUAUGAGUGGACUGAACCGGAUCGCGCAUGGGUAGGCACAGAACCACCAGUGAAUGCUGUGGACCGCAGCUGUUCAGAGCCAGUACCGUGGUCACCCUGGGAAACGGGAACAAGGCAUCCUUUUGGCAGUCUGCAUGGCUACAUGGACAGGCACCUAUGGAUAUCUUUCCUGACCUGUUUAAGCUAGCAUGGAGGAAAAAUCGCUCGGUGAGGGAGGAGCUACAACACCAGAGCUGGACUCGCGGACUGUGGAGAAUGGAGAGCGUGGAAGAAAUGGCAAGCUUCAUCAGACUCUGGGAUUUGGUGCAGAGUGUUCAGCUGACAAACGAACCAGAUGCAAUCAAAUGGAAGUGGACAGCGCAUGGAGAGUAUUAGCCAAGAGAGCCUACAACAUUCAGUUUGCAGGUUCUCACAGCCAGUUUGUUGGGGCAUCUAUCUGGAAAGCCGAAGCAGAAGGGAAGCAUAGGUUCUUUGCUUGGCUGAUGGUGCAAUCCAAGUUGCUGACAGCAGAUAACCUUAUAAAGAGACUGGCCGUGUGACCCGAUCUGUUCACUCUGCAGCCAAGAGCAAGAAAUGGCUGACCACUUGAUUUUACAGUGUUGCUUCGCGAAAGAAGUAUGGCAUCUUGCUUCGCUUUGGACGCAAGACCUUGUAAAGAUGCCAACGGAGGGACUUCCCAUUGCGGCGUGGUGGGAGCAGGAGCUAGCAGGCCUGCCCAAGAAGCUGCGCAGGACAAAGGCAUCACUAAUGAUGUACACCGCUUGGAACCUAUGGAAGGAAAGGAACCGGCACAGUUUCGAGCACACUUCAUCAGACACAGUUCGGGUACUGCAGGAUAUCAAG